AUGACCCGCCUACUUGGCUAACUGACGCUUGUGUUUUUUGCUGCUGAUUUUGAAUCACCCGCCGGUUUGUGUCUUCAAUUUCAAUGCUUUGAUUGUCCUCCUGCAUUGCCCGAAUAUGUCACGCGUCAGUUAGUCAAAAGGAUCUUCGAAGAACAGCAGAAAGUUUCCAGUGAGCGAGCCGAAGCGGAAGGAUGGAGAGUCUGAUUCCCACCAUCAACCGGCUGCAGGAGGUCUUCCUCACUGUGGGUGCUGAGGUCGUCCAGCUGCCCCAGAUAGUUGUGGUCGGGUCUCAGAGUAGUGGGAAGAGCUCGGUGCUGGAGAGCCUGGUUGGACGGGACUUUUUGCCUCGAGGAUCUGGAAUAGUGACCAGGCGACCCCUGGUGUUGCAGCUGGUUAAUGUAGCUCCACUGCAGGACCGGCUGAAGAUUGAGAAUGGAAAUGGGGCCAAUCAAACUGCCCAAAACAGCUAUCCAGGUGUCAAAGCUGAAGAAUGGGGGACAUUCUUGCACUGCAAGAACCAGAUCUUCACAGACUUUGGGGAAAUCCGCAAGGAAAUUGAAUCUGAGACAGAACGCAGUUCAGGUGACAACAAGGGAAUCAGCCCGGAGCCUAUUUAUUUGAAGAUUUUCUCCCCUAAAGUCCUCAACCUCACCUUAGUUGAUCUGCCUGGCAUUACGAAGGUUCCAGUUGGGGAUCAGCCGGAGGACAUUGAGUCGCAAGUGCAAGAGAUGAUCUUGUCCUUCAUCUCCAAUCCAAACUCUCUCAUACUCGCUGUGUCUCCUGCCAACUCUGACUUGGCCACAUCAGAUGCGCUGAAAUUGGCUCGUGAGGUGGAUCCAGAUGGCCGCCGUACUCUGCUUGUGGUCAGCAAACUGGACCUGAUGGAUGCAGGCACAGAUGCGCUGGAGGUCCUGCUCGGUCGAGUCAUCCCCAUCCGCCUUGGAAUUAUUGGGGUUGUUAACAGGAGUCAACAUGACAUCAACACUCACAAAAGUCUGGAGGACUCGAUGAAGGACGAGCACACCUUCCUGCAGCGUCAUUACCCCUCACUUGCUUCUCGUGCCGGGUCUCGAUACCUGGCCAAAACACUCAGCAGGCUGCUCAUGCACCAUAUCCGCGACUGUCUGCCGGACCUUAAGACCCGCGUCACUGUGCUCAACUCUCAGUACCAGGCUCGACUCAAUGGUUACGGCCAACCAGUGGAAGACCACAGCGCUAUGUUGCUGCAGAUCGUCACCAAGUUUGCCAGUGACUACUGUAACACCAUCGAGGGCACAGCCAGAUACAUCCAGACGUCGGAGCUCUGUGGUGGCGCCCGGAUCUGUUACAUAUUCCAUGAAACCUUUGGUCGCACCCUGCAGACCAUCGACCCCCUGGGAGGCCUGACUGAGCUCGAUAUUCUCACGGCCAUUCGUAAUGCAACGGGCCCUCGACCAGCCCUCUUUGUUCCAGAGGUCUCAUUUGAGCUGCUGGUCAAGCGGCAAAUUAAGCGUUUGGAGGAGCCCAGUAUGCGCUGUGUGGAGCUUGUUCAUGAGGAACUGCAGCGAAUCAUUCAGCACUGCUCCUCCUACAGCACACAGGAGCUCCUGCGUUUCCCCAAACUUCACGAUUCCAUCGUGGAAGUGGUGACGGGUUUACUGAGGAAGCGUUUGCCCAUCACUAAUGAUAUGGUUCACAACUUGGUAGCGAUAGAACUGGCCUACAUCAACACCAAACACCCGGACUUCACGGACGCAGCUCAGGUCUCGGCCUCUGUCAACAGUCAGCAGGCAGAGACCCUGGACGGAGGGAAACGCUGGAAGAAUGAAAAGCUCUCGGAAGAAAAAGCUCAGGCGGCUGGCUUCGGCAGCCCCAGCAAAGGCCAGGCCAUUAACCUGCUCGACACUGCGGUGCCGGCGUCCCGCAAGCUGAGCGCAAAAGAGCAGAGAGACUGUGAGGUGAUUCAGCGACUCAUCAAGAGCUACUUCCUCAUCGUCCGCAAAAGCAUUCAAGAUAGUGUGCCAAAGACAGUGAUGCACUUCCUGGUCAAUUUUGUGAAAGAGCAUCUGCAGAGCGAGCUGGUGGGUCAGUUGUACAAGCAACCUCUGCUGCAAGAGCUGCUCAUUGAGUCUCAGGACACGGCGCAGCAGCGAACAGAGGUGGCUCAAAUGCUCGAGGCCCUUAAAAAAGCCAAUAACAUCAUCUCUGAGAUCAGAGAGACGCAUCUGUGGUAGCCGGAGGAACACGCUCGCGCUCAAGGCACACCAGAGUUGAGAGAGUUCAGAGUGACAGUGGAGAGUGAGCGUGGACCAACACACAUUGAUUUGUUGUCUGGACAAGGUUCUGCAAGUGCCGUCUCUCGCUGUGAAGAAUCAAGGUCUCAGGCACAAUGGGUGAAUGCUUUGUUGUGAGCGAAACAACAUUCAAUUCAAGUCACAAACACAUGUGCUCUCGCCAUUCCAAGUCUCUAUUGCAGUGUCCGUUCACGAAGAGCUUCAUCAUUCCAUCGCAGGACAGAUGCGGGUUGUUUUCAAACUCUCUGGUGCUAAUUGCUCUUCAACUGAUUGAAAAUGUUGCAUUUACAUAUUUGAUUUUGUUGGGAAGAGGCGCAUUGAUUGCCGUUGGAAGAGACAGUUUGGUAUUUUACAUUGAUGUGAGUUCUCAAACCUGGAAGUCUCCGCUCUUCUCUUCUCUCCUCCUCAAAACAAUGUUGACCCCCUCCAGCUGAAAACUCACAAAAAAGCUGCGAUAAGAAUCGUGAAUAUCCCUCUUUUAAAUCUUCACCAGGCCUGGGCCUCUAUAGUGCUGCCUCGCUCCCUUUACUGUUACACCUUGUGGAUGUUCACUGCCCCUGUCACUCCUUAGCACUGAGAACUCGGAUUACCAACGCUCGUCCUGUGACUCUUCAAAUGAACCUGCCUUAAUGGAAAACACUCACUGUAGGGAGCAGAGCCACGUUUGUUUGUCCCGUGCAUGUCAGUGUUUGUGUGCAUGUGUGACGCAUGGAUGGAAGGAUGCAGAUGUUUUGUAUUAUUUAAACGUAGAUGAUCACCUUGUGUCAACUGCCUCUCGGGUCCCUGCCCGACAGUGUUUACUGAAGGAACUGUGUGGGGGAAAUUCAUUAAACCUUAAAA